GCUCCCCCGGUCCCCGCGCGCGCAAGAUGGCUGACCCGGCUGCGGGGCCGCCGCCGAGCGAGGGCGAGGAGAGCACCGUGCGCUUCGCCCGCAAAGGCGCCCUCCGGCAGAAGAACGUGCACGAGGUGAAGAACCACAAAUUCACCGCCCGCUUCUUCAAGCAGCCCACCUUCUGCAGCCACUGCACCGACUUCAUCUGGGGCUUCGGGAAGCAGGGAUUCCAGUGUCAAGUCUGCUGCUUUGUUGUGCACAAGCGUUGCCAUGAGUUCGUCACGUUCUCCUGCCCUGGUGCGGACAAGGGCCCAGCCUCUGACGACCCCCGGAGCAAACACAAGUUUAAGAUCCACACGUACUCCAGCCCCACCUUCUGUGACCACUGUGGAUCGCUGCUGUAUGGACUCAUCCACCAGGGGAUGAAAUGUGACACCUGUAUGAUGAACGUCCACAAGCGCUGCGUGAUGAACGUCCCCAGCCUCUGUGGCACCGACCACACGGAACGCCGUGGCCGCAUCUACAUCCAGGCUCACAUUGAAAGGGAGGUCCUUAUUGUUGUCGUAAGAGAUGCUAAAAAUCUUGUACCUAUGGACCCCAAUGGCUUGUCAGAUCCCUACGUUAAACUGAAACUGAUUCCUGAUCCCAAAAGUGAGAGCAAGCAGAAGACCAGGACCAUCAAGUGCUCUCUCAACCCUGAGUGGAACGAGACCUUCAGAUUUCAGCUGAAGGAAUCAGACAAAGACAGAAGACUGUCCGUAGAGAUCUGGGAUUGGGACCUGACCAGCAGGAAUGACUUCAUGGGAUCUCUGUCGUUUGGGAUUUCGGAACUGCAGAAGGCUGGGGUGGAUGGCUGGUUCAAGCUACUGAGCCAGGAAGAGGGCGAGUACUUCAAUGUGCCUGUGCCGCCGGAGGGAAGCGAGGGCAGUGAAGAGCUGCGGCAGAAGUUUGAGAGAGCCAAGAUCAACCAGGGUACCAAAGCUCCAGAAGAAAAGACAGCCAACACCAUCUCCAAAUUUGACAACAAUGGCAACAGGGACCGGAUGAAACUGACCGAUUUUAACUUCCUGAUGGUGCUGGGCAAAGGCAGCUUUGGCAAGGUCAUGCUCUCGGAGCGGAAAGGUACGGAUGAGCUCUAUGCAGUGAAGAUCCUGAAGAAAGAUGUGGUGAUUCAAGAUGACGAUGUGGAGUGCACCAUGGUGGAGAAGCGGGUGCUGGCCUUGCCUGGGAAGCCGCCCUUCCUGACUCAGCUCCAUUCCUGCUUCCAGACCAUGGACCGCCUGUACUUUGUGAUGGAGUAUGUGAACGGGGGUGACCUCAUGUACCACAUCCAACAAGUUGGCCGGUUCAAGGAGCCCCACGCAGUAUUUUAUGCUGCAGAGAUCGCCAUCGGUCUGUUCUUCUUACAGAGCAAGGGCAUCAUUUACCGUGACCUAAAACUUGACAACGUGAUGCUGGAUUCUGAGGGGCACAUCAAGAUCGCGGACUUUGGCAUGUGUAAGGAGAACAUCUGGGAUGGGGUGACCACCAAGACUUUCUGCGGCACCCCGGACUACAUCGCCCCAGAGAUCAUCGCUUAUCAGCCCUAUGGAAAGUCUGUGGACUGGUGGGCAUUUGGAGUGCUGCUCUAUGAAAUGCUGGCUGGCCAGGCGCCUUUUGAAGGGGAGGACGAGGAUGAACUCUUCCAGUCCAUCAUGGAGCACAACGUGGCAUAUCCCAAGUCCAUGUCCAAGGAAGCUGUGGCCAUCUGCAAAGGGCUAAUGACCAAACACCCAGGCAAGCGUCUGGGUUGUGGACCUGAAGGGGAACGAGACAUUAAAGAACAUGCAUUUUUCCGGUAUAUUGACUGGGAGAAACUCGAACGCAAGGAGAUUCAGCCACCAUAUAAACCAAAAGCUUGUGGGCGAAAUGCUGAAAACUUCGACCGGUUUUUCACCCGCCAUCCACCAGUCCUAACACCUCCUGACCAGGAAGUCAUCAGGAAUAUUGACCAAUCAGAAUUCGAAGGAUUUUCCUUUGUUAACUCUGAAUUUUUAAAACCUGAAGUCAAGAGCUAAGUAGAUCUGUAGAUCUCCGUCCUUCAUUUCUGUCAUUCAAGCUCAACAGCUAUCAUGGUGACAUUUUUUUUUUAAAUCAUUGCCAAGUUACAUCUGUGUUUUCUUUUCUGAUGAGGCUAGAGUGGCCAUGUUUCAGAACCCAAAUGUCCUCAAGUAGUUUGGAGCAUCUCGAGGAGAUGGGAUUAUGCAGGUGGCAUGCGGAAAGUGCUGCAUAAUUGAGACACGCUCAAAGUCCUCCUACUGUGUGCAACCCCAGCAUGUCGGCUAGCAGGCCCACUGGGGAGAGAAAAAGCUUGCUUUCUCUCCCUCCUUCUCUGCACCGCCAUUUUUACCCCGACCGUCGAGUCUACAUCCUCCCUACAAAAUGGAUGGAUGAGCUGAAUGCUAACAAUAGCCUUUCACUUUCCAGACUGGGAGCUUGGCUUGAAUCCAACUGUAUGGCUGCUUUGCCCUAGAGGGAAUCCCUCCACACUGCCUCUUCCGCAGGCAGUAGAGCUUUGAAAAGAACAGGCUAAAAAUAAAAUUUUAUUUUUAUUUUUUAAACUCAACGUUAAGACGAUUAUCUAAGACCUGAAAGAAAGAAAGAAACCAAGCAAACAGGAAUGCGCUUUUAGACAAGUCAAUCUAAAAGCACUUCCGGGGUCAAAGGGCAACCAGCUUGCGUGCUACCACCAUGCUGCAGUUUCUAACGCUGUGUGUCUGAAACUGGUACCCUCAUCCCCCAAACUACUCAAGAACGGCAUUUGGCACUGUUCCUGGAACCACAUGGUCACUCUAGCCAGGUCCCAAAGGACCGUGAUUUUACAUUACAUUUCAAACGUUAUUUGCCUUUUUUUUUUAUUUCUGUCAUUGUUGAAAUGCAAACAAACAAACCUAUAUAUAUAUAUAUAUAUAUAAAAAAAACAAAGUCACUUUGUUACACGUGCUUUAAAACUAUGUCCAGAUGUCAUUAAUCACAAUGGCCUGCUUUGUUUGGCCAAGAAGACGGGGCCUGGCAGACUUGUGCCUGUUGGGAGGGGGUUUGUUCAGGUGUACCGCUGGUGUUGGAGAAUGGAUACUGAGCUCUGAGAAAGACACCAGCUCUCCAAACCACGAUGGUUGCAUUCUCCGGUUUGAUGUCCUUUUGCAAGAUGUUUGUGGAAAUGUUCAUUUGCUCUGCAGUAUCUGUUCUGAUAUUUUUCUCCUAGCAUCAAGGUACAAUAAUAAUAAAAAAAAAGACAGAAAAGAAAUCCGAUUUCAAAGAAAACUGUACUAUUUGAACAAUGAGGACCCACACUACAAAGUAGGGCCCAAGGAA